AGGCCCUGUACCCCAUUUACAGUUUAUACUUCAAUGUAUCAGGUGUAGUUAUUCACCAGCUAUAGAGUGAGUUGUUGUUUAUGUUUCUAAGACUGCAGGGUGGGAGAUGCAACAAUGGCCUUGAGAACAGCAGGAAGUGUGUUGGUGGUCUUUCUCUGGUCUGUAGCAGCUGUACUGGAGCAGAAUGGCUGGAGUGUGACUUACACCACUCACAGUAUUUGUACCUUGAAGGUGUCAUCAGUGGAGCUGUCCUGCUCUUACACGUAUCCCAGUUGGUAUAAUGUCAUAAAAACCUUCUGGUUCACCAAAGUUUAUCCUAUGGAUAAUUAUGUGAGUGUGAGUGAUGACCUAGACUACAAAGGUCGUGUGACGUACCGUAGUGAUAAGAAGAAUGUCCACACCCUGAAAAUCACAGACCUGAGAGAGAGUGACUCAGCUACGUACAAGUUCAGAUUUAUAACAGAUCAGACCGGAGGGAGAUAUUUUGGUGAUCCUGGAGUCACUUUGUCUGUUACAGACCUGCAGGUGAAGGUGACCACUACAUGGUGGUCAACGGCACUGACCUGUAGCACGACCUGUACUCUGACUGACAACCCCAACCCCACCUACAUCUGGUACAGGAACAGUAAGAUUGUACAAGAGGACUCCUCCCCCUCAUACUCAGUCUACAUAAAUACUGACGACAGCUUCUACUGUGCUGUAAAAGGCAUCAAUUCUCCUGCAGUGUCUGUUGGGGGUCACAGUUAUUUCCACGUGACUUACACCCAUCAAAGUAUCUGUACCUUGAAGGGGUCAUCUGUGGACAUAUCCUGCUCUUAUACAUAUCCCAGUGGUCAUAGAGUCUCCGAAACAAACUGGUAUACAAAAGGAAAACUUGAUGAGGCACCUCAAAUCCUGAGCCCGGGGUAUGGAGGUCGUGUGGAGUACCUUAGAAAUAUGCAGAGUGACUCCACCCUGAGAAUCACAGACCUGAAAGAGGAGGAUUCAGCUGAGUAUAAGUUUAGAGUCAUAACAGAUCAGACAAACUGGGAGCCCACCUUCCCUGGUACAACUCUGACUGUCACAGGUCUGCAGGUGAAGGUGACUCCACCCACUGUGACAGAGGGACAGAAGGUGACACUGACCUGUAGCACCACCUGUACUCUGAGUGACAACCCCAACCCCACCUACAUCUGGUACAAGAACGGACAUGUAACCAACCAAUCUAACAGUCUGUUCCUAAACCCAGUCAGCAGUGAGGAUGCAGGCAGAUACUCCUGUGCUGUAGAAGGCCAUGAGGUUCUCCACUCUCCUGAAGAGACUCUCACUGUCAGAUAUGGCCCAAAGAACAGCUCAGUGUCAGUCAGUCCCUCUGGGAAAAUAGUGGAGGGCAGUACAGUGACUCUGACCUGCAGCAGUGAUGCCAACCCACCUGUGGACAAAUACACCUGGUACAAGAAGAACGUAACCUCACCAAAAGCAUCAGGACAGAGUUACAAUAUCACUAACAUCAGCUCUGAGGACAGUGGAGAAUACUACUGUGAGGCCCGGAAUAAAAUAACAUCUAAGAACUCUACAGCUUUGAUGAUCAUGGUAGCAGGAAAACAAACAUCAGUUAUGACUGCAGUUGUAGGAAUCAUAGUGGUUGUUCUGGUUCUCAUCCUCUGUCUCUCUGGACUCAUGUGGUUCAGGAAGAAGUCCUCCAAAUCCACCUCUGACACAAGAGACACAGCAGACGAUGGACAGGGAGACUCUAGUCCAGUGUAUGACAACAUCUCAGGCAUGGCCAUGACCCCUACUGCAACACAGACAGCAGCCACCGUAGACCAGGAUGAUGUUUACUACGCCAGCGUCCACUUCUCUCGCUCCAAAAACCAGGAAGUGCCUCUGUACUCCACCGUCCAACUGCCUCAACCCCAGAAACAGGACGAGGAUGUCCAGUACGCUGCUGUGAAAUUCAACCGCCCCAGUGCUGCCACCCAACCUGCAGCAGCACAAUCAGCUGAGGAGGACCCCUCUGUGAUCUACAGUCAAGGCAGUCAACAAACCCAGAACCAAGAAGCCCUGAACACAACAAACCCAGAACCAAGAAGACCUGAACACAACAAACCCAGAACCAAGAAGACCUGAACUCAACAAGUUUGACAAAAACCCAUAUAUUCAAAAUAAGUGCCAUAAAGCUU